GGCCGGCGCUGCGCUGCGGUGUCGGUGUCGGGCCGGCGGCGCGGCGCAGUGCAGGAGCCGGAGCCGGGGCCGGGGCCGGGAGCGGGCAGCACCGCCGCCGCUUCGCUGGCGUCUGGCGGAGCGGGGCGGCAGCAGGCUGCGGCCAGCGGGGCGAAGCGAAGCGAAGCGGCCGGCGGGUCUCGGCAGCGUCCCCUCGGUGUUUUCUCCCCUCCCCUCUUUCCCGUGAGCCGCUCCCCGCCCGGGUCCCGCGGGUGCAGCAUGAAGUGCGGCGAUGGCCCGGAGAGGUAAGACGGCGGUGAGGACGCUGGAAGACCUGACGCUGGACUCCGGGUAUGGUGGCGCGGCGGACUCGGUGCGCUCUUCCAACUUGUCGCUGUGCUGCUCGGAUUCGCACCCCGCGUACCCCUAUGGAGGAAGCUGCUGGCCGCACCUAACUGACUCCAUGCACAGUCGGCACAACAGCUUCGACACCGUCAACACCGUCCUAGCGGAAGACUCCGAGGUGCUGGACUGCGCGGGGCAGCAGUGCUCCCGGCUCCUGCCCGACCUUGAGGAGGUCCCCUGGAGCCUGGAGGAGGUGGAGGCGCUGCUGCUGCCGCCGCCGCGCCGGGAGCCUCGGCCGCCGGGCGCCGCCGCCGCCAGCCCCGGGAGCCGGGAUGCGGCGGCGCGGCUCUCGACGCUGGUGAGCCGGGCGCUGGUGCGCAUCGCCCGGGAGGCGCAGCGGCUGAGCCUCCGCUUCGCCAAGUGCACCAAGCACGAAGUGCGGAGCGCCAUGGAGAUCGUCCUGGGCUGGACGCUGGCGGCCCGCUGCACGGCGGCCGCCCUCGGCGCCCUCUCCCUCUACAACAUGAGCGGCAGCGGCGGCGACCGCUUCAGCCGCGGCAAGUCGGCGCGCUGCGGGCUGGCCUUCUCCGUGGGCAAGUUCUACCGCUGGAUGGUGGACAGCCGCGUGGCCCUGCGCAUCCACGAGCAUGCCGCCAUCUACCUCACCGCCGGCACCGAGAGCCUCUUCCGCGACAUCCACGCCCGGGUGCUGGCCGGCCCCGCCGCCCCGCUCCCGCCGCCCGGCCGCCCCCCGGCCGCCGCCGCCGCCCCGGCCGAGAAGGAGAAGGAGGGCGGCGAGGCGCCCCGCUUCACCCUGGAAGCGCUGGAGCAGACGGUCAACAACGACCCCGAGCUCUGGGGCUUGCUGCAGCCCUACCAGCACCUCAUCUGCGGCAAGAACGCCAGCGGUGUUCUCUGCCUGCCAGACAGCUUGAACCUUCACAAAGACCAGCAAAGGUCAAACAAGCCCGGAGAAGUGCAGAUGUUCAGCCAGUCAGAGCUAAGGACCAUCGAGCAGUCUCUACUUGCUACGCGUGUGGGGAGCAUUGCUGAACUCAGCGACCUGGUGUCUCGAGCAAUGCACCACCUCCAGCCCCUCAAUGCCAAGCAGCAUGGGAAUGGGACACCGAUGCACCAGAAGCAGGGAUCACUCUACUGGGAGCCAGAGGCUCUGUACACCCUCUGCUACUUCAUGCACUGUCCGCAGAUGGAGUGGGAAAACCCCAAUGUGGAGCCGUCAAAAGUCACACUGCAGACUGAGAGGCCGUUCAUUGUGCUGCCUCCCCUGAUGGAGUGGAUACGGGUUGCUGUGGCUCACGCGGGGCACCGUCGCAGUUUCUCGGUGGACAGCGAUGACGUACGGCAGGCAGCAAGGCUCUUAUUGCCGGGAGUUGACUGCGAACCUCGACAGUUAAAAAUCGACGACUGUUUUUGUGCAUCUCGGAAACUGGAUGCAGUUGCCACUGAAGCGAAGUUCAAGCAGGACCUGGGUUUCCGAAUGCUCAACUGUGGACGAACAGAUCUGGUUAAACAAGCCAUAUCCUUGCUGGGGCCGGAUGGGAUUAACAGCAUGAGUGAACAGGGCAUGACUCCACUGAUGUAUGCUUGUGUCAGGGGUGAUGAGGCUAUGGUGCAGAUGCUGCUAGAUGCUGGAGCAGAUCUGAAUGCUGAGGUUGUCAGUACUGCUCAUAAAUACCCAUCCGUCCACCCUGAGACCCGCCAUUGGACAGCUCUGACAUUUGCUGUGUUGCAUGGACAUAUUCCUGUAGUUCAGCUGUUGCUGGAUGCUGGAGCAAAGGUAGAAGGUUCCUUGGAGCAUGGAGAGGAAAAUUACUCUGAAACUCCUUUACAGUUGGCAGCAGCUGCUGGAAAUUUUGAACUGGUCAGUUUGCUGUUGGAGCGAGGAGCUGACCCCAUGAUAGGAACAAUGUACAGGAACGGCAUUUCCAUGACUCCACAAGGUGACAUGAACUCUUUCAGUCAGGCUGCUGCGCAUGGACACAGGAACGUCUUUCGGAAGCUGCUUGCUCAGCCGGAGAAGGAGAAGAGUGAUAUUCUGUCGCUGGAGGAGAUCCUGGCGGAGGGGACAGACUUGCCCGACUCGGCGGCAGCUCCGCUUUGUGCCAGCCGCAAUAGCAAGGCCAAACUGAAAGCCCUGAAGGAGGCCAUGUACCACAGUGCCGAGCAUGGCUACGUGGAUGUGACCAUUGACAUACGGAGCAUAGGUGUUCCAUGGACGCUGCACACAUGGCUGGAGUCCUUGCGCACGUCCUUCCAGCAGCACCGACGGCCCCUCAUCCAGUGCUUGCUGAAGGAAUUCAAGUCCAUUCAGGAAGAAGAGUACACAGAGGAGCUCAUCACACAAGGCUUGCCUCUGAUGUUUGAGAUACUGAAAGCUAGCAAGAACGAAGUGAUCAGCCAGCAGCUCUCUGUCAUUUUCACCCAUUGCUAUGGACCCUACCCUAUUCCAAAGCUUGUUGAAAUUAAGCGCAAGCAGACCUCUCGCCUAGAUCCCCAUUUUCUUAAUAACAAAGAGAUGUCAGAUGUUACAUUUCUGGUGGAAGGAAGACCAUUUUAUGCACAUAGAGUGUUGCUAUUUACUGCAUCACCAAGGUUUAAAGCAUUGCUGUCUAGCAAGCCCUCAUCUGAUAGUACUUGUAUUGAGAUCAACUACGUGAAGUACCCCAUCUUUCAGCUGGUUAUGCAGUAUCUUUAUUAUGGAGGUGCAGAGUCACUCUUGAUUAAAAAUAAUGAAAUUAUGGAGCUUCUCUCUGCUGCUAAAUUUUUCCAGCUUGAAGCUUUACAACGACACUGUGAGAUCAUUUGCGCAAAAAGCAUUAAUACAGAAAACUGCGUGGAUAUUUAUAAUCAUGCCAAGUUUCUCGGAGUCACAGAACUAUCUUCCUAUUGUGAAGGCUACUUUCUAAAAAAUAUGAUGGUCCUCAUUGAAAACGAAGCUUUCAAACAGCUGUUGUAUGACAAGAAUGGAGAAACGUCUGGUCAAAAUGUACUACAGGACUUACAGAGGACGUUGGCCACAAGGAUUCAGUCAAUUCACUUGUCUUCUUCAAAGGGCUCCAUUGUAUAAAGCUGAGGAAGAUGGUAACCCUCUAAUAAAGACCCUGCAAGUGAAGUCUGCUGUUGCAGUUGCUUAAACCCGUUGCAGUUGCUUAAACAACUACAAAAACAAAAUAUUAAAAAGUUCUUCUUCGCAUCCAAAUAGUUCUGUGUUGGCCAAAGGUGCUGCGCUGGGUCUGCGGCCCUGUUUGGAUGAGGGAAUACAGAAAGCAAAGCUCCUUGUGUUUUUGAGCAAACGUGGUACAAGAGUAUGCAGUGAAUGGCUGUUGUACUCAAAUUCUGAACACACACGCGCCAUUGUGGAGCUCGAUGCCAACAAAAGCCAGAACUCACAUCAGUGAACAGCAGAAGCCCCUGCCUGAGCAGUGGUGCCAGGGAACACCCAAACUGACCGAUUAAUCAUUUAAGGCGGUUUUGUUCCAGUGUUACACAUUUAAGAACUAUAUCUAUCCCGGAUAUCUCCAUUUAUCUCAUGCAUUUAAGAAAUGUAAGAACUGUUAUUGCUGUCAAGCAAAGAUCAACUGUAUUAGAGAGUGGGUAAGACUGUUACAGCUGAGGAAACAUACUGGCAGAUUUUUAGGGGUGGGAACUUUUUAAACUGUUCAUAAAAAAAUAAUGGGGUGGCCUUGUAGUUUAAAAACUAUUUCUUAAGCUUAAAAUUUAAUUUUCGACAGAGCUGUGUUUGAGAAUCUAUGUAACAUGUUUUGGUUUUUGUUUUGGUUUUGUUUUUUUUUUUUAAAAUGGUAAAAUGUACAUUGUGUAAACACACAAAUGAUCAAGUUUUGCUUGUAUUCUUUCCUAGGGCGGUAUAAUCUUGCCUAACAGGCUAUGGUUACACCAAAGAGGUACAUUACCCAGACUAUCUCUAAUACAGUAGGGGAGGGGGGGCAGGAGAACUGCAUGCUACAUGUGAUUUGGGGUUAAAAACAAUUACAAACUCAACAUGCAUUUGCAUGGUAACUGUACCUGUGAAAUGUUACGUCCGUGCUUCGUUUCGCCAUGACAAAUGCAACGUUACUUCUUGUCAAAUUUCAUUUGUGAAAUUAGCAUAUUUUUUUAUUUGGUGCGAUUGGUUGUGAAAUAAUACUCCCGGAGACCCUUCUUGAGAUGCUGGUAUCUGUUUGUUACAGUGAAGGGAUAAUCACAGAUCUUUACUUCAGUAAUGUGUCAAUACUUUACUACUGGCCAGAGAUUGUGUCCAAGUUAGACUUUUUUAAAUUAUAAUUAAAUAUGUGCUAUAGAA